AUGACCUCUCUUGUUUCCGAGUUUUUGAUUAAUCCAGUUCUGAGACAGGCCAGACGGUUUUCACGAUCCGAACCUGUUCAUGCCCGCGACUCGAAUGAUACAUUAAACACACAUCUCGUCCCAGGAAGCAGCAAUAAUGAGAUUGACGAGGCCGUCAUAGAAGAUGCGAUGGAAAGGGAGCCAACUAUGAAUCUGCCGGAUACGAGGGAGUUUGUAGGCGUUGGUGGCAUCACUGAGAGUUCUCCGAAUCAAAAUUCAACGCAUGAAGGAAGCUCGUCGGGCGAUAUUGAGAGUCUUCGACAUGAUGCCAACCAUGACGAUGCUGAUGCGUUGGCAGCCUCUCGUUCACAGUCGAAUAUCAGUUCACUUGAUAACGAUAUGUCUGGUAGCGCUUCUUCCAGAGUAGCAUCCCUGGCUCACGGCAACAUCACAGAAGGAUCAUCUAGUAGUGCCGCUCUCAACGCCGUCAAUUUCCCUAUGAGUUCUAUCGAAGGUUCAUCCCAAGACUCAAGUCAAAAUUCCACUCCGGCAUCAAUGGGGCUUGAUGCAGGAAGUACUGCUCUUCCCGCGGAUGAUGGCAUGGGUCCUCUUCGACAACGCAUCAUAUAUAUACAAGCUAUGGACAUUCCUACAGAACGAAAAGCAUUGUUAAUGCAUCAGCUUUUGACUCAAAGUUACACUGAAGCUCAUGAAAUGUUUAAUGCGAAGAAUUUUGUACCAACCACGGCCGCAGACAAAAUGAUCAGCCAGGAAAGACCUGCGACUCCAAACUCAUUGAGCUCUUUCAUCUGGCAGAUGAAUGGUACUUUGGACCAAGCACCAGCAACUGAAAUUCAUACUUUCCACCUCUCCCCAGCUGACUUAAUGAAGACUUAUGCACCCCUUGAUCCUCCUGAGGUUGACGAUGGAAGCGAAGAAUCUGAGAAUACAGAAGAUUCUACGCCCAAGCUCGGAUGCAAACACUACAAGAGGAAUGUGAAGCUACAGUGCUCUACGUGCGAUCGAUGGUAUACAUGCCGGCUGUGUCAUGACGAGGUCGAAGACCAUAUCUUAAUCCGGCAUGAUACCAAAAAUAUGCUAUGUAUGAUAUGUGGUUGUGCUCAGCGGGCCGGGGAAUUUUGUGUUGAAUGUGGAGAGAGGACUGCUUGGUAUUAUUGUGGGGUGUGUAAGUUGUGGGACAAUGACUCCAAUAAAAGCAUCUACCAUUGCAAUGAUUGUGGAAUAUGCAGAAAGGGUCGUGGUUUGGGCAAAGAUUUCUUUCAUUGCAAGACCUGCGGCGUGUGCAUGUCUAUGUCACUUAUGGAUGACCACAAAUGCAUCGAAAGGGUAUCUGAUUGCGAUUGUCCUAUUUGUGGAGACUACAUGUUCACAUCACCAAAACCCGUUGUGUUCAUGAUAUGUGGUCACAGCAUUCACUCAGCUUGUUACAUCGAGCACAUGCAAACUUCGUACAAGUGUCCAAUAUGUAGCAAGAGUGUCGUUGGGAUGGAGACACAAUUUCGGAAUCUCGAUCGAGCCAUUGACAACCAACCCAUGCCACCUCAAUUUCAAAACACUUUGGCGAUGGUUUCGUGCAACGAUUGUUAUGCUAAAAGUGCAGUGAAAUACCACUGGCUGGGACUGAAAUGUGCCAUUUGUGAUUCAUAUAAUACAGCUCAAUUGUCAAUCUUGAGUGACCCGGAUGUCGAGACUUCGGCCACAGGAGCAGGGGAUACACAGAACGAUAUGUCAACAGGCCAGGAACAACAAAUGUCUUCAUCUACACAUUUGAUACCCGGUGCUCCUAGGAACCGCAGGCAUUCUUCUCAUAUACCCUCCUCUUCAUCACAAGCAGAAUCCGGUCGAUUUUCUCCAUAUCCCGUACCGUCCCGGCUAGGAAGAUCAGUAUCGCCUGCUCGAGGAAUACGCUUAUUCAAUAACCAAGCAGCGGCUGGCAGCGAAAGUGAUGGCUCUGGAGAUGAAGACGAUUUAGAUUUCUGGGGAAGAGACGAACCACGAAGCGGUAGAUUGUUACCAGCGACACGAAAUUCAGAUGCACAAGAUGAUUACGAUAUUGAAUAUGAAGAUGAUUCCAGUGACUCGGAAUCUGGAAAUGAUGAUGACGAAGACGACGACGGUGAAGAGGAACCUUUUGCCAUUUUUGGACACCGUUGA